UCUAGGGAACACAACCUGAGCUGUGAAAUUUACAGCUGAGUUCCAAAUCCAGUUAGCAUUUUGAGCGCAGAAGACCAACUCUUAAUCAUCCAUCUUCUUCCACUUAUCCAAGGUCGAGUUGCGGGGGCAGCAGCCUAAGCAGGGAAGCCCAGACUUUCCUUUUGUCCAGCUCAUUCCUGUUGCGAGACAUAGUCACCGUGUCCUGGGUCUUCUUGGACGUGCCCUGAACACCUCCCUUGGGAGGCGUCUGAGGGGCAUCCUGACCAGAUGCCCAAGCCACCUCAUCUGGCUCCUCUCAAUGCGGAGGAGCAGCGGUUCUACUCCGAGCUUCUCCCGGAUGACAGUGCUUCUCACCUUAUCUCUCAGGGAGAGCCCAGCCACCCUACAGAGGAAAGUCAUUUCGGCCGCUUGUACCUGCGAUCUUGUCCUUUCAGUCACUCCCCAAACGACAUGACCAUAGGUGAAGGUAGGAAGGUAAAUUUAGAGCUUUGCCUUUCGGCUCAGCUCCAUCUUCACAACAGACCAAUGCAGACGCCGCACCAAUCCACCAGUCGAUCUUGCGUUCCAUCCUUCCCUCACUCGUGAACAAGACCCCGAGGCACUCCACCCAUUUCCGAGCGAGAACCAUGGGCUCGGACUUGGUGGUGCCGAUUCUCACCUCAGCUGCGAACCGAUCCAGUUAGAGUUGGUCACGGCUUGAUGAAGCCAGCAGGACCACAUCUGGAAAAAGCAGAGACCCAAUCCUGCAGCCACCAAACCGGAACCCCUCAACACCCUGGCUGCGCUUAGAAAUUCUGUCCAUAAAAUCAAUGAACAGAAUCGGUGACAAAGUGCAGCCCUGGCGGAGUCCAACCCUCAACUGGAAACGGGUCCGAUUUAUUGCCGGCAAUGCCGGUACCCCAUAUUCCCGGAGUACUCCCCACAGAAUUCCUCGAGGAACACGGUCGAAGGCCUUCUCCAAGUCCACAAAACACAUGUAGACCGGUUGGGCAAUUUAUGCCCUGUAGCUAUCGCUAGCACAUGAAUAAUGCAUAAUUUCUGCCUUCUCCCCACGGGGGAUUAACACUAAAAACAAUGCUAGCAAAAGGUUUAAAUACAUUUUUAAUUACAGCAAACUAAUCAACAAAUAGACACAUGAGUUUAGCUGGCUCUUCGUCCACUUUGGGAAGGUGCAGUGAGGGGACAAGCUAACCGAUAAGAGAACAUUUUCACCACUGAUGAAGGCUGAUGAGUGUGAACCAAUCAGAUCCAGUGACACUUAAAUACUUCCACCUGUCCUCCACAUGUGACCUGAUUGCCCAAAACCCUUCAUACUAUUUGAGUCACACUGAGGUUUAUUCAUGAUAAACCAACACAAUGUUGACAAUCUUCCUGUCUGUCACGCUGCUGUCGUCCUAUUCCUUUGCCAUCAGAACCUUAAAGGAUGGACCCAUGAUUGACAAAGACGGCCGUGAGUAUAAAUCUGCCGGCAUCCGCGUUGAUGAGGACGACGCAAGUGAUGGGAUGCAACCCGUCCACGUGACAUGCACGGAAAGGUCAAUGAUUGUGCGGGUGAAGGCUGACCUGUAUGGACCCAAACGCCUCGUGUCUCCCGGGGAGCUUUUUCUGGGUGGUGCUGAGCAUUCAGGCUCGAGACCGUGCCAGGCCCUUCCUGCUGGAGACGCUGAAUACAUCAUUACGGCCGGACUGCAAGACUGCGGCACCCAGCUAUCAGUAUCUGACGACUCUGUAAUCUACUCCAACCAUCUGAUGUUCUGGCCUCUGCCCCGUCGUCAUGGCAUCACAAGGAUGACCCAAGCUGUUAUUCCCGUUUCCUGUCACUAUAAAAGGAGACACAUUGUGAGCAGCCACUCUCAGGAGCUGCAUCGGAUGAGCUCCACGUCUACAAAGACCUCACCCUUCUCGUUGAAGCUGAUGUCUGAUGACUGGACAAGACCGAGGCUCUCCAACAUCUUCUACCUUGGAGACGUCCUCAACCUCGAAGCCUCCUACACCAACCCCGGUACACAAGAAAGACUGGUCUUUAUGGACAACUGUGUUGCAACCCUGUCUCCAGAUGCAACAUCAGUACCUAGAUACUACUUCAUUGAAAACAAUGGGUGUCUAUCAGACUCAAGACUGCGUGGCUCAAGAAGCCACUUCCUGUCCCGAAAGAAAGCGGAUGUUCUCCAGCUGCGCCUUGAUGCUUUCCUGUUUCGCCAGGAUGAAAGGAACUCUAUCUUUAUAACAUGUCGACUGAAAGCCAGAUCUGAAAUGUGGAGGGGCAGUCCCGUCAACAAGGCUUGCUCUUAUGUGCAUUCAAGGUGGAAAAGCGUGGACGGGAGCGAUGACAUGUGCCGCUGUUGUGAAAGCACCUGCAGCCUGAAGUCCUCAACAUGGAGCAAUAAGGAUUUAAGACGUCAGAAGCCAAAAGGUGCCAAUACGUGUGACACCAUCAUUUUGGGUCCUCUUGUGAUUCUACCCAACAAGUAGCCAAAAAAAGUGGCCAAUAAAC